UGGAUCUAUCGGAAAAAAACCCUAAUGGAUAUGGAGAAGCAGGCGGAGAUCAUUGAUGAGCUGGUUCGCCGAGCUUCUACCUGCAAAGGCGAGGCCCUGUUGCCUAUCAUCAUCGAAGCUACAUCGCAUCCUUCUCUUUUCGCCUUUUCCGAGAUUUUGGCUCUACCCAACGUUGCCCAGCUUGAAGGAAGCACACAUUCUGUAUACGUGGAUGUUCUGCGGUUGUUUGCCCAUGGCACCUGGGGUGACUACAAAUGCAAUGCUAGCCGUAUCCCUCAGCUGUCUCCUGACCAAAUCCUGAAGCUUAAACAGCUCACUGUGCUUACCCUUGCCGAGUCAAACAAGGUUUUGCCUUAUGAUACGCUCAUGGCCGAGUUAGAUGUCACCAAUGUUCGUGAACUCGAGGACUUUCUUAUCAAUGAUUGUAUGUACGCGGGUAUAGUUAGAGGCAAACUGGAUCAGUUGAAAAGAUGCUUCGAGGUUCCAUUUGCAGCUGGUAGGGAUCUAAGGCCAGGACAACUAGGGAAUAUGUUACACACAUUGUCAAACUGGUUGAACACAUCAGAGAAUCUUCUCGGUUCAAUUCAAGACAAGAUUAAAUGGGCGGACAAUAUGAGUGAGAUUGACAAAAAACAUCGUAAGGAAGCAGAAGAAGGAGUGGAAGAAGUCAAGAAGUCUCUGUCCAUGAAGGGGGACAUUGACAGCAGAGGGCAUAAAGAGAUGUUUGGGGAACCAAGUGGAGUGAUGGACUAUGAAGAAGAUAGAAUCCGACCAAAGAGGAGGCGGCAUCCGGUAACAAGGUAGAGAGAGGAGAGAGAGUGAAAAGGGAUUUGUAAUGGUGUUGAUGGACGUAUCAUUUACUUUUGGUGGCGGUUUUUUUAUUGUUAGCAUUUCAUUUCAACUUGUAUAAUGAAGUAUCCUUGUCUCUUUCUCAAGGCAAGAACAAAUUCGGUGGUUAUUCGACUUAAAAAUGAUAUGAAUAGACAAGCAAAAGUUGGUACA